AUGCGCCCCAUCUCCACAAACAACGACUCAUCAAGACACGAGCAGCAACAACGACCACCUAUACCACGACGGGUUCUCCAAGACGAACGACAGUACUCCACUGUUGACGACAGAAUCCUAAAUCGCUACAUCUUUGCAAUUAUGACACCACUGCGACAAACACGGGAACGCUCGUCCAGGGACAGCAUCUGCGACGCGAUGACCUUAACAAGCGAUGAAUACGAGACACUAUAUGCAGAAGUUGAGAGAGAGAUGAGAGAACGAGCUAUAUUAUAUAGCGAGGGUGGUUGCGUCACGACAGAACAGCCCGCUGCAAAGUACGGCGCCCGACAGUCGCCUACGUACAAUCACGCACUUAGCAUGUCCGAUGUAAUCACAAUGCAACACGACGGAUGCGCUCCGAGCGACGCAAAAUGCGAUGUAACCAUAAUCCUGAGACUGGGCUGCGGAACAAUGAUGGAUAUGCUGAGGCUGUGGUCCACAGUGCCGGACAGUCUAACACCGUAA